AUGCCCAACAAGGCACGGCCUCGUCGAGAGUGGUCUCCCCAGUCCCCCAUAGAUGUAUUGUGGAUGUCCCGCUCUGCCAUGAGGCCGGCUGAGGGCGACGCUUCAGACUGUAUCCUGGUGGUCGGCAUAUCCAGACCGAAGAUGGCCGCCGCGUUUCUCACGGUCGUCCUCCUCUCCCUCUUUCUGACCUUCCAUAUACUCUACGACAGCGCUGUCUACAGCCUGCACGCGGCCUCGGCUGUCGAGGGUCGUACCGUCGAGCUUGUCUCCCAAGUCCGAGCCACACCGCCCCUCCUCUUCUCCAGCAAGGUCCACUUCCCGCGAACCAGUCGACAUCUACCUCAGGCGAUCAUCAUCGGCGUACGGAAGUGCGGCACCAGGGCCCUACUCGAGAUGCUCUUCCUCCAUCCGCAGAUCCAAAAAGCAGCCGGCGAAGUACACUUCUUCGACCGGGACGACAACUAUGGGAAGGGCCUCGAAUGGUAUCGACGGAAAAUGCCGUACUCGUUUCGGGGGCAGAUCACCAUCGAGAAAAGUCCUAGCUACUUCGUCACGCCAGAGGUACCUGAAAGGAUUCGCGCGAUGAACGCCAGCGUGAAGCUUCUCUUAAUAGUCCGAGAGCCUGUAACCAGAGCAAUAUCGGAUUACACUCAGCUACGAACGCACGCUGCAACCGCGUCCACCAUAACGAACGGUACGCCCCGUAGCGUGCAGCAACAGCAACAGCAACAGCUGCAACAACAGCAGGCCGCCCGAAGUUUCGAGGAGCUGGUGAUACGACCAGACGGCAGCAUAAACGAGUCGUACAGGCCAGUCGCGAUCUCCCUGUACCAUACGUACAUGCACAGGUGGCUGGAGGUGUUCUCCAGGGAGCAGAUCCUCAUAGUGAACGGCGACCAGCUAAUCGAGGAUCCGGUGCCGCAGCUACGAAGAAUAGAGAGCUUCCUCGGCCUGGAGCCCAGAAUCGGUAGACACAACUUCUACUUCAACCACACGAAGGGCUUCUACUGUUUGCGCAACGAGACCUCGGAGAAAUGCCUGAAGGAGAGCAAAGGCAGACGCCAUCCACGGGUUAGCCCGAUGGUGGUAACGAAGCUGAGGCGGUUCUUCAACGAACACAACCAACGAUUCUACGAGCUCGUGGGUGAGGAUCUCGGCUGGCCCGAAGAAUAA